ACGACACAAUUACCGACAGCAGCGGAAUCACCGGGGAGUGUCACCAACCUUUGCGUUUGAAACCAUGGCAGCACAGAAAGACUUGGAAAGUCAGCCGCAGCAGUCGGACGAGCGGACCCCGCUCCUGGGGACACCCGCCGAGGCCAGAUCAAGCCAGCAGGCGGCAGAGGACAACAAUGAAGCCAACGGAGGUGUCCAGGAUCCUGAACAGGUGCCCCUUAUUACGGGGCAGGAUGCGCAAGAGAAGAAACAGAGGACUACCAGCUGGUGGCUAUGGAGAGCGUUCUGGGCAGUUCUCGCCAUCUUCGUCCUCGCUGUUUUUAUCAAGGGCUGGAUUGAUGCCAAAGACACCAACUUUGACCUCAAAGCAGCUCUUAUGAGAGCUCUGGGCGGUGGCUUGAGUGGCGCCGCGGCUAUGGUCUUGCAAGUUCUGACCCUCAUGCCCAUCAGGACUAUCAUGAACUACCAGUAUCGCUUUGGGUCUGGCUUCAGGGAGGCGACUCGCACUCUUUAUGAAGAUGGAGGAGUGCGCAGGUAUUACCAGGGAAUCGGAGCCGCAUUGAUCCAGGGGCCGGUUUCCCGCUUCGGCGACACUGCCGCUAACGCCGGUAUCCUCGCACUUCUCGAGUCAAACUCGUUCUUGAACCAGCUCCCUACCUUGAUCAAGACCAUCUUCGCUUCUCUUUGUGCUGCUGCUUUCCGCAUGAUCUUGACUCCCAUUGAUACUCUCAAGACGACGCUGCAGGCCCAGGGCGCCAAAGGUACCGCUAUCCUGAGACAACGUGUAAAGACAAAUGGUAUUGGAAGCUUGUGGUGGGGAGCUUUUGCGACUGCCGCCGCCACGUUUGUCGGCCACUACCCUUGGUUUGCAACCUACAACUACCUUUCCGCCAACAUUCCCGAACCGGAAAAGAGCGACAUUUUCGUGUGGCUUUUGCGUCUUGCAUUCAUUGGAUUUUGUGCUUCCAUCAUCUCUGAUUCUGUCUCCAACUCGCUCAGAGUAGUGAAGACCUAUAGACAAGUCAACGACACGCAGAUUUCAUACUCGCAAGCAGCAAAGAUUAUCAUACAAAGAGAGGGCUUCCUUGGCUUCCUGGGACGUGGUCUCAAGACCCGAAUCUUGGCCAACGGCCUCCAGGGUGUCUUGUUUUCUAUCCUUUGGAAGUUGUUCCUCGACCUCUGGGAGAAGAAGACGCACUCUUAGUGUCCAUCACGCUGAACCUGGCUUGACAACCGUCAGGUGACAAGUCGAGAUUCUGAGAGCCGCCCAACUCUCUGUAUGUAUUCACCUACCUAGAGAAGGAACGAGUAAUCCGCCAUCGAGGCAAUAGAGAUCUGCAUCGUAGUAACUUGAGUAUGGGAAGUGUUUGUACGCGGAGUUUGAAGUAACGUUUAGUCUUUACGUGGAUGUUAUCCGAUAUUUGCUGCCUCAAUAAUGAGCCGGCUAUUCUUUGACCGGUAAUUCGGCUAGAGUCAGUCUCGGCAGCUUGAGCUGGCACACAUGGCCUCUGGGGUAGAGGAAGGCGUAAAUAUUUGGCGAACACUGCUCCAAUCAAGUAACUCGCAUAUUAUCUCAGUGAAUGAGGCUGGUUUCCGUCUUGCUAAAGUUCACUCAGUAAUACGUUGUCUGAG